CUCUUACUCUCGUGCAGCAGCACACACACACACACCACAAUCCACUUCUUCAAACUUCAAACAUGGCAUCCACCUCUUCUUCCGCUUCAAUCCCACGAUCAUGCACCCAUCACGUGUUCUUGAGCUUCAGGGGAGAAGACACUCGCACAGGCUUCACUAGCCAUCUCUAUGCCGCCCUCAGAAGGAAGGGCAUCACGACCUACAAAGAUGACAAUAACCUUCGCAAAGGCGAUGUUAUUUCAGAUGAACUCCUGAAAGCAAUCGAAGAGUCGAUGUUUGCAGUCAUUGUUUUCUCACCGGACUACGCUUCCUCCAGUUGGUGCUUGGAUGAGCUCCAAAAGAUCAUUGAGUGCAAUAACAAGCUGGGGAUCCAGAUCGAAGCAGUGUUCUACGGUGUGAAGCCUUGUGAUGUGAGGCACCAAAUAGGAACCUUUGAGGAAGCUUUCAAGAAACACGAGCAGAGACAUGACCGUGAGAAGGUUCAAAGAUGGAGGGAAGCGUUAACACAAGUUGCUGCUUAUUCCGGUUGGAGCUCAAAAAAUCAGGACGAGGCAGUACUUGUGGAAAACAUUGCUCAACAUAUAUUUGAAAUAUUAAUUCCAAAGUUACCAUCUUCAAUGAAGAAUCUUGUGGGGAUUGAAUCAAGAGUGGAACAAGUGAUUACUCAAAUAGGCCUUGGAUUGAAUGAUGUUCGCUAUAUGAGCAUAUGGGGAAUGGGUGGUAUAGGUAAGACAACUAUUGCUAGAGCAGUCUUUGAAACCAUUCGAAGUAGAUUUGAAGUUACUUGCUUUCUUGCCGAUGUAAGAGAGCAAUGUGAGAAGAAAGAUAUUACUCAGGUACAAAAACAACUUCUUGAUCAAACGAAUAUAAGUUCCAAUGCAAUUUAUAACAAGUAUGAUGGUAGGACAAUGAUUCAAAAUUCUUUACGUCUCAAAAAGGUACUUCUUGUUCUUGAUGAUGUAAAUCAUGAAAAGCAAUUAGAGAAUUUGGCUGGGGAGAAAGAUUGGUUUGGUCCUGGAAGCAGAAUAAUAAUUACAACUAGAGACGUAGAGGUGGUAAAGGAACAAGAGGUGUAUGAAACUUAUAAAGUUGAAGCGUUAGUGGAAAGUGAAGCCUUUAACCUCUUUUGUUCAAAAGCUUUUAAACGGCAAAAAGCUUCAGAAGGGUUUUUGGAUUUGUCGAAAAAAGUGGUGAAUUAUAGUGGUGGUCUUCCUUUGGCACUUAAAGUAUUGGGUUCCUAUCUUAAUGGUAGACCUAUUGUGGUAUGGCAUAGUGCUAUUGGAAAAAUAAAGAAGUCUUCACAUUCUGAAAUUAUUGAUGUAUUAAAAAUAAGCUAUGAUGGUUUAGAUUCAACGGAAAAGAAUAUUUUUCUGGAUAUUGCUUGUUUCUUUAAAGGACGUGGGAAAGAUUAUGUAACAAGGAUACUAAAAGGAUGUGGUCAUGAUGCUGAAAUUGGUAUUGAUAUUUUGAUUAAUAGAUCAUUGGUCACAUUAGAGCAGGAGACAUUCGGGGAGGUUACUCUGGGGAUGCAUGAUCUGCUUGAAGAAAUGGGCAAACAAAUUGUAAUUCAAGAAUCUCCAAGUGAUGCUAGUAAGCGUGGCAGAUUGUGGUGUUACGAGGAUGUUGAUUUUGUACUUACUCAUAAGAAGGAAAAUGAAGCAACUCAUAGCAUCGUUAUGUACCGGGAGAUUGAAGAGAAUUGGGGAGAUUUGGAUAGAAGAGAUUUAUCUUUCUCAAAUAUAUGGCAGCUAAAGCUUCUCAUUUUAGAUGGCAUGACAGCUCUCAUUCUCUGUGAUAUUCCUUGCACAUUAAAGGUUUUGCACUGGAUAUAUUGUCCAAUGAAAACUUUGCCCUUUACAGAUCAACGUUAUGAACUUGUCGAAAUUGAUCUGUCUUAUAGCAAAAUUGUAGAGUUAUGGGAUGGAAAGAAGGUAGACCUUUUCACCAACAGCACUAUCAAAUUUUAUUACAUAAACAUAUCCAGCAAAAAUAGCAACCAUGUGAUAUUUCUUUGUUUUGUUCAGUUUCUAAAAGAUUUAAAGCACUUGAAUUUGUCCGGCUGCUACAAGUUGGAGCGAACGCCAGAUCUUUCCGAGGUUCCCAAUCUUAAAACACUUAAUCUUGAGGAAUGUAGGGAGCUGAAUUAUAUUCACCCGUCUCUCGCACACCACAAGAGCCUUGUUGAAUUGAAUUUACGGGGAUGUAGCAGUCUUGAAACACUUGCAGAUAAAUUGGAAAUGAGUUCACUUGAGAGACUAAAUCUAUGUAGCUGCUAUAGAUUGAGAAGAGUGCCAGAAUUUGGAGACUGCAUGAAACAGUUAUCGAUUCUUACUUUGAGAUUUACAGACAUAAAAGAGCUACCGAGUACUCUUGGAAAUUUGGUUGGUCUGUCUAAGUUAGACUUAGCGGCAUUGGAGUCUAUUGUUCUUCCUGUAUCACUUGGGUGUUUCGUUGGCCUAAAGAAGUUGGAUUUAAGUGGAUGCAACGAGCUUAGUUGUGUUCCGUACAGUAGUCAUGGGUUAGAGUCCCUCACAGUUUGGGAUUCAUCUGACAACUCAAAUAUCGUUGGCCUUUUGAGUUCUCUUUCUCUUCUGACCUCUUUGAUUAGUCUGAAAUUAUGGGUGAGUUUUCCCACAUCUAAAGAGUACGAUCUCGGCCACUUAGCAUCCUUGACGGAUUUGGAUUUAUCGUGCAACAGUUUUUCAAGAGUUCCAAUAAGUAUCCAUCAACUUCCCAGAUUAAAAUGUCUGAACCUAAAUAAUUGCAGUUUUUUGGAGGUUUUGCCAGAGCUUCCAUCAAGUCUAAGAGAACUACGCGCAGAGGAUUGUUAUUCACUGGAUGCAUCCAGUGUGAAUGAUGUUAUAUCAAAGGCGUGUUGUGGCUUUGUAGAAUCAGCAAGCAAAGAUUGUGAAGAAAUCUUGCAAAUGUUGAUCCAUGGGAAGGAAAUUCCAGCAUGGUUUGAGCAUCAGGAACAGGAUAACGCAGUAUCAGUCUCAUUCCCGCAUAAUGGCACUUCAACCGAAACCCUUGCACUUGCCCUGUGUUUUCAAUUUGAAGAUGAAAUGUUUUCAAAUGAACAGCCAUCAAUGAUCUGCAACGGUAAAGAAUUCAUCAGUAAGAGUUUAUUGAAGGUGUCGUCGUGUAUAUGUUCUGAGAAUUUGUUCAUUGUCUGCCUGAACGGUUACUAUUUUAGUAACCUGUUAAGCCAACACAAUCGCUUCCAAAUGCUAUUUCCCAAUAUCGAAGUUCAGAGAUGUGGAGCACGUUGGGUGUGUAAGCAAGACAUUCAAGAUUUCAAGAAAUGAAAAUCCCAAACAGCAACAAGAAAAGCAACUCUUGAACUCAACAUGGACGCGUUCUCACAUUCUUCAGCUUAUAGAUUACAUUUAUGAUUGCCAGGUUUAGAUAUCUUCAGCCAAAUGAUUCCCCAUGUUUGAAGCUCUUGACAGAGCUCAUUGCAUGCAUCUAACUCAAUGUGAGAAUCAAGAAAGAAAUGUAAAUCUGCUGAAGGGCGUAUAUAUAUUUGGGGCAGAUACUAGUCGUUCUUCUGUCACAAAUGCAGAGAGGAUCUUGUGCUUAUGAAAUUUGGGCAUUUGUUUUUUAUGGAGAAUUCAGAAUUAUACCUAUUGAAGUUGUCCUUUAUGUCACUUUUCAUGUUGCUUCAGCUAGUCCUCAGAAAUCAGGUAAUGAAAACCAUUUUUCAUGUUGCCACAUCAUAGAGUGAUAUUCGGAAAACAUGAUGAGACAGAUUCAGAUUCAUUACAGAGGGAAGGCGAAAAUCUGCAGGCCAUGGUGAGUACGCACCAAUGUCAACUUAGUUUCCAUUCUUGUAAGUUGUAAGGCUAUGGCUUUGAUGUACCUCAUCAUCAGAACUUUUAUUACUAAUAUUU